AUGGCUACCCUUGUUGAAACGCCACUAAGUAGACAUGAAAAAAGCCUUGGUUUGCUCACUACGAAAUUCGUUGGCCUACUUCAAGAAGCACCAGAUGGAGUAUUAGAUCUUAAACAAGCGGCUGACACAUUAGCAGUUCGACAGAAGAGGAGAAUAUAUGACAUCACAAAUGUGCUUGAAGGAAUUGGAUUAAUAGAGAAGAAAUCAAAGAACAGUAUUCAAUGGAAGGGAGGUGGACCAGGUAGCAAUACAAAGGAAGCCACAGAAAGGGUAGAAGAAUUGAAAUCAGAACUUGUUCAGUUAGACCAAAUUGAGCAGGAGCUGGACCAGCAGAGGUCGAGGGUCCAACAGAGUAUCAGGAAUGUGACGGAUGAUGUAGAAAAUAGCAGAUUAGCGUAUGUAACACAUGAAGAUUUAUGCAGAUGUUUCAAAGGCGACACAUUACUAGCAGUACAAGCCCCUUCAGGAACACAGUUGGAAGUACCUGUACCAGAAAGGGGUCCAGACAAUCAGAAGAGAUACAUGGUUCAUCUGAAGAGUUUUAAUGGUCCUAUAUAUGUUCUUCUAGUCAAUAAGGACGAGACCAGCAAUAGUCCUGUGGUGGUUCCAGUACCACCCCAUAACCUUCAGCCACCCUUACCUGCCCAAAGAACCACUAGAGCAAGUCGCCUUGUACCUGCAGAAACAAUAGAACAACCAAUUGCUGCUCCAGCGGUAGUACUUCAGCAGCAGCAGCAACCCAAACCACCCAAAGUAGUGGCUGCUGCACCUACCCCAGUCUCUAUCAUUCCUGCUGCGGAACCUAUGCUUACUGAUACGAAGGUGAAGGAAGAGGUGGCAGAAGAGAGCUUAAAUGGUGCUAGCCCAGUAGUUGCCAUGCCGACCCCAGUUUCUAUAAUUCCUAUAGUAGAAUCUAUACUCCCUGAAACAAAUGUCAACAGUGGUAUUAAUUCAGAGAGUCUGAAAGAUCUACAAACAGAAAUGCUAUUUGAUCCGUAUAAGGAUUCACCAUAUAUGGAUGACUUUGCAGAUCCUGAAACAUACCCAUUAUUGCGAUUAUCACCUGCACCUAACGAUCAAGACUAUUACUUCAAUCUCGAUGACAGUGAAGGAGCAGCGGACCUCUUUGAUCUAUUUUCCCAAUUAUAGGGAAGACUCCAGCAGAGAAUUCAUUCCUUGUAAAUUUAUUUCAAUACCUUUUUACAUACUGGUAGUGGCCUUGUUGAAUUAUGAAUUCAAUGAAAUGAAUGAAUUUGAAAUUUGAUUUAUGCAUUUUUUUAUGUUUUCCCUUUUUAUAUGUUUUAUUGAUAAUGUGUCAUGAUUAUUUUGGGUUCCGUUAUCACAGGCAACAUACUGUUCUGCAAAUCUUUGUUCUGAAAUCUUUUGAAGUAGAUUUAUUUUAUCCCUGAUUAUCCGUCAAUGGAUUAUAGAGCUCCAGACAAUAUUUAUGUUUCCAUUGUAUUAUUAGAAUUUGCCACCUGUUUUCAUUUUAUAUUUGUCUUAUUGCUCUGUUUAGUUCAACAAAGAGCUGUAUGACAUUCUUUUUUUAAUAUAUUUUUAUUUUCAUUAUAUGAAGAAUCAUUGCCAUAAUAUAUAUUUUUUUCUUCAGAAUAUUGCAAAUCAAUGAUUUUGCAUACAUCCUUUAUGUUUAUGUGAUAAAAAUAUGUUCACAUUUAGAGUCCCUUUGUUCCUAAAUUUGUAUGAAGUUUUGAAGUCCAUCAUUUAAGUAUUAUCAUGAACCUGAACAAUUCAGUCUUUGCAUGCUAUGGCAUUUCUGCAUAAAGCUAUACCUCGGAAUUCCAGUACUCCCUCUAAAGUUAGACCCUGAAAUUAGGCUGGAUUGUGACUACUGGAUUUCAGUCAUUUUAUGAGUUAUAAGCAAAUAAGUGAAAUUAUCCCUGAUGCAGUAAUCUCAUUUGUUAAUGCUAAAUUGGUGAAAACAUCUUGUUAGGUUUUUGUCAUCACAAACGGAAAAGAUUCAACCAAGACUCUAUUGUCUUUCUGAUUGUUAGCUCUUAUACAGUGAUCAGAGCUACUCAGUAAAGCUCAAAUACAAAACAUUCUCAAAAUUCACAAAAUUUGCAUUAUAUCUGCACGUUACUUCUAAGCUAUGCAAGAAUAUGUAUACAGGUGCAGGAAACCAAAGCAGUAAAUUUCUUUGAAUUAAUCUUCAAAGCUCUUGAUGACAUGUAUCACUAUCAGCCCAUGUAUUUAUGAUGUACUUGUACCGGUACCUUGACAUUUGCUCCGGCGAUAAUUCCUCAACUCUAAAUUCCACACACUAAAUCAAAUUACCAACUUCAACCCUGGGUUUAAGACUAUACCCUACCCUAAACCUAACCCUAAACGUAACAUAAACCCCUAUUGCAACACUAUCCCUAACCCUACAUCUUAGACGAAAUAAAGCCCGGAGCAAAUGUCAUGUACAGUCAGACUGCAGGUCCCAAGAAAGUGGCUUCUUUCAUCCAAGUGAUAUUCAUGACUUGAGAUGUUUUGCAUAUUUAAUGAGCUUGAUGCGGACCAAAACACCUCUUUUCAUUCGGUCAUUGCUGCUCUAAUUGUGCAUCAAAUUUCAUGAAUUUGGUACCAUUGUAAAGAAGAAGAAUCAUUCUUUCAGGUCAUGUGUUUGGAUUUAUUUAAAGAUUUUGUAAUAUAGGUUAAAAUUUUGAUCUAAAAUAUGCUACAAAAUAAAUAUUUUCACCUGACAAAAGCUGCUAUUUUCACACUUUAUUUUUGUUUGAGCCCAAAUGAUUUUUAUAUCAUGAUAAAGCUGAAUAUGUAUGCUUUGAAAUGAUAUAGGUUUCAAAAUAAGAAUUGGUUUAAUCGGGUCAAGAUCACACUUUUCAUUUGCCAAGUACAUAAAGCAGCUUGAAAACAAGAAUACUGCACUCUGAUUGGUCAAAGAGACCGCACACUGGCAAAUUCCAACGGUUCCAGUGCCUGGGUUCGUGGGAAGGUCACACUUCCCAUGUGGUAAUCUCCUCAAAUACCCCGCGCCUGUUGUUCUGUGAAUCUUAUCCAGCCAAUCAGAACUCUGGAUUUCAUGCAAGUACAAAAUUUCAGAAAUCUCGUCUUGUACCUUGGUGGGAAAAGUGUGAUCUUGACCCGAUUAAAAGGUGCUGCAUAUCAAGAGUGGCAUUGUGAGAAAGUACAGAAGUUCAGCUUUAUGUUGAUAUAAAUAUCAUUGUGGCUCAAAAUAAAAAGUUUUGCACAAUUUGCAAAAGAAAACAGAGGAAUAAAAUUCAGUUUUAGGCACAUUUUCAGGCCAGAAAUUUACUUAUUUAACA